GCCCAUCACUAGUAAACAAUCACUGCCUCGACCUGUCAAGAUGCCGAUUCCCGCCAGCAGGCUACUUGCCGCUUCGAAUACCCACUGGUGGCGCUACAGUGUUUACUCAACACGAACUUGGUCUUUUUUUGACCAGCUCUUAAUGUUUGAUUAAUCCUACCGCGCACUAAAGAAUGAUUAGCACCUGUAUGAUCGAUCAUUCGGAUCAGGUUUUAGUAUGUCUGGGAGAAUUGUGCACAUCGGUUGAUUAUUCCGAUGUAACAUUCCUGGUACAGAACGAGCAGAUUCCAGCGCAUCGUGCAAUUUUAGCAGCUCGGUCCGAGUACUUCCGGGCACUACUGUACGGUGGGCUGAAGGAGAGCAACCAGAGCAAAAUAACGCUUGAUGUCUCUUCGACCGCUUUCAAGCAGCUGCUACGGUACAUCUACACAGGCUCCUCGGAGUUGAAGGACAUGGAGGUGGACGAUAUACUGACCUUGCUCGGAUUAGUCCACCAAUAUGGCAUCACUGCCUUCGUGAAAGCCAUCUCAGACUACCUGUAUGGCGUGUUGACUGUGGCCAACGUGUUUACCAUUGCAGACGAGGCCCGUCUGCUCGAUCUGGCGGAAUUGGCGGAUAAAUGUUACGAAUUUAUGGAUGGAAAUGCGUGUAGCGUAAUCAAACACGAUUCUCUGAGCAAUCUGUCGUUCGACACGCUUGUCAUGGUGCUCGGUCGUGAAAGGUUCAAGCACAUCGAAGAGAUCGAAAUUUUCCAAGCCGUUCACAAAUGGUGCCAGAAUAACGAUGUAGCCGAAGGAAAGAAAAAAAUUCUUUAUGAGAAAGUACAAUAUUCAGCGAUACCUCGAAACAAUCUACUGCAAAUAGUGCGACCUACCGGUGUUGUAAAUUCCGAACAUCUGCUGAACAUAAUUUCCAUCCAGGAUGGAAUCGGUCUACAUCCCUAUCAACCACCACCAGGCAAAACAACGAAUAAAGAUGUGGCUGCUAACGCCAGGGUGACGUGGAUUAUGGCUGGACAAGUUCAUCGAGCAUACUUUGACCUACGAAAACCAUACUUAAUCAAUUACGUUCAUCUUACUCUGGUCUCCAACGAAAAACUUUAUAAACCAGUAUCAUCUCCUUACCGGCCGAUGGCAGGGCAGGAACGUUUGUCGGUGUCAUCCGAUGGCGCAUCAUGGUCAACCGUUUUUGUAGGGACAAGCGGUACCUCUUAUUUUGCGCUCAAUACAAGCAUUAAUUUCCCUAUCUAUCCAGUACGUUACAUCCGUUUUGAGACACCAUUAUACACACCGCACUCAGGCAUUUCUCUUUCGGCCAUGUUAAACCAAUGAAACUAAAGGAAUGAGAAUUGUCUCGUUAAGAAUGAUUUAAUAUUUCUAUUUUAGAAUUAUCUGAAGGUUUUGUUCAUCUUUAUUUAAUAGAAUUUCUAUGAGUUCUUUAGCGGCAAAGACAACUCAAAACCAGUUAGAACUUCUUCAUAUUACCACUGAUAAAAAUCACCAUGCUUGAGAAACACUGACUUGGCUUCGAAAUUCGAACACGUGCACGUGGCUACCAAAAAUACAUAGAAUUAUCUGGAAUUGUUAAUCGUUUAAACAACACGAAGGAAGGAUUAGAAAUAAAGUCGAUUGUUUCAACCAGCUUCAAAAGUAAAACUUUAAACGUUAGAAAAAUGUAUCCACUUCCCACGCGCGUUGUUUACAAACAACGCCUCAUACUAUUCUCGGCCUACUGCGUCUCACACGCAACCGUUUGUUAUUCGCAUGAACAGUAAAUUCCAUUCAGCAUUACUGCCAGUCACGGAGCCAGCUAAGUGUACCGUGUGCCGAUCCUACCGGAAGGAAGAAGAACCGUGUACAAAGACAAUGGAAUUCAUCUUUACUGGAAGUGAUCGACCGGUACAGACCGCAAAUUUCUGGAAAGAAAGUCAAACUUCCCAUAUGUUUUGCGUUGGGUAUAAAAAGAGCACCGCACGGUCUCGUCUAACCAUCAUCAGUUUGGUUUCACCAGCAAGCAAACCACAACCAAGUAAAAGCUCUACCACUUCCACCUGAAGAAUGGAUCUUAAGUUCCUGUUCGCGACCUUCUUCGCCCUGCUGGCGGCGGCCAUGGGACAGACACCGGUCAACUCCGUCGAAUCGGUCGAAUCGGCCGAAUCUGCAGCCUCCAACUCGGCAUCGAACGAAUCGUAAGGACUGACUGGCGCAGCUGCUAAGACGCUAUCGACAAUCGCUAUCGGAACAUGGACCAUAUACCUUCACUACAGUUGAGCAGAAAUAAACCUAUCGAUUGAAUUUUAA